AUGCCUUUAAAAUGCUGCGUACCAAAUUGUUACUCAAAUUAUAAGUCUUCAGAUUGUAAAAUAUCUGUAUACAAAUUUCCUCGUGAAAUAUCUGAAAAAAACAACUGGUUUAUGAGUAUUCCUCGCUCACACUGGACUUUAACAAAAUAUAGCGUUGUUUGUAAAUUGCAUUGGGCAGAAGAUGCCGAGUUUACUUUAUAUCGUGGUAAAUUGAGACCAAUUAAUCCUCCAUCAGUGUUUCCAAAUAUAUCUAAAAGUUGUCUACCCUCUCCACCACCAAAAAUGAGAAAAACUUUAUCUUCUUCUUCAAAAAGAGGUAUCGAAAAAGAUGAAUUAGAAGAUUAUAGAAUAAUUGAUAAUUUAAAGUUUGAAGAUAUUGAAAAAUAUUUAUCUACUGAAAAUGAUAUAGUUACUUACAAUUAA